CAACACUUGACUAGACUACUCGUCAAACCAGAUGGCUUAAGACUCUCGCCGAGAACAACCUGUGUACAGACAAGAUGAAUACUGAGGGUAUGAGGAAGCUUCAUCAGGGCGUUCUAUCUUGUUGAUCAAACAUUCCUUGUUUGGAUCGCAUCCUUGCAAAACCGUUUAUGUACACUGUCAAAUCUGAAGGAAUAACGAAGUAAACUACAGCUGGGGGAUGACUUUGGCAGGAUGUCUGCAGACAAAGGGAAAGGGAAUAUAAAGAUCGCGAACUACAGUGACUGGAUGUCACAACUGCCAUCUAAACUUUGGACAAUUCCUCUCUUCAAACUAGCCAUACCAGGAAGCCAUGACUCUGUGAGUUAUGAUUUGGAUACCAGCUCUGCUAUUAUAGAGCCUGACAAUCUAACACGAUUCAGCUGGAUUUAUUGCUUACGCAGAAUAGUACGAACAUGGGGAAUGACCCAGGAAUACAACAUCACAAUGCAACUGGAAGCAGGAGUUCGCUACUUUGACUUGAGGAUCGCUCGCAAACGUAAUGACCACCAUCCCACUAGGCUUUACUUUUACCAUGGGCUGUGCACAAGCACUGAUGUUGAGACUGUUCUCAGGGAAAUACAUGCCUGGACAGUGGCCCAUCCUAAAGAGGUCAUCAUCCUGGCUUUCUCAAACUUCAAUGGUUUUGAGAAAAGCAUUAAAGAGAAACUUCACAACCAUCUUAUCAGCUUCAUUAAGACCUUGUUUGGAAGCAAACUCGUCCCCCCGGGCAUCCCCACACUGCAGAACUGCUGGGACCAAGGCAAAAAUGUCAUAGUUUCAUAUGACUAUCCAGCAAACCACCAUCCUGAAAUGUGGAAAAAAAUAACUUAUUACUACGCCAAUAGCAUGGAUCGUGCACAAGUUAAAUCAAAAAUAUCUGAAGCCUUGGGAAAAGAAAAGACUUCCAAUUAUUUCUUUGUAUGUGGUUUGAACAUGACUCUUCCAGCAGAUCAUAGGAUACUCAUCUACAUCCUUCGUCUCUGCGACAGUUUCCCCAACGUUAUAAGGAGGGGUCUGCCUAAGCUCCUGAAGUGGCUGAAGCAGCAAUCCGGCGUGAACAUCGUUGCCUCAGACUUGGCAACUCGCAAGGACUUUGUGUCAACAGUUGUUGAGCUCAAUUCUGCACUAAUGAAACCAUAACUGAAAAAGUAUUGUAUUUCUUUAGUUUGAACAUGACCGUGUGUGUGUGUUUUAUUCUUUAAACCAUAGAUAACUCAUCGGUUCAUUGAAAAGAUAUAAAUUUGUACAGUUACUUGAGGCUUAAAUAUUUUGCUUUUACAUAAUUAUUGUAUUGCUUUUUUAAAUAAACAAUAAAUUGUUUUUAAAUUUUUAUCUAAUAUGUCAAAUACAAAAACAAAUACAUUUUGUGUUGUAUAAAUUCAAGACUAGUAACAAUUA